GUCUCAGUCGAGUGGCGAUCGAUCUAUACUUUGAUUUCCUGUGAUCUCCACUCCAAAAACUGAGCAGCCUGAGACCAAACCCCAAGUCAGCCGUUCGCCAUGGCAUUUCCCAUCGCCAACAUCUCAGCCGUCGUCACUGGCGCGGUGCAAGCCGCCAUGGCAUUUCCCAUCGGCAACAUCUCAGCCGCUGUCACGGGCGCGGUGCAAGCCGCCAUGGCCUUCGCUGUGGAGAUGCUCCCCACGGACGUUACGAGGGACGCCGCACGUGAAACCGUGAGGGCGUCGGUGGCGUGGUUCUUGAGCCACCUGUGGGCGUGGCUCGUCGCAGCGAGAGCCGGGGCCGUCGACAAUUUCCCGGUCGCCGCGAAGGCGGCCAGGAGAGCGGCGGGUUCCGCCGUUGAGGCCUCGGAGCCAUGGGUGGAGAUGGCGUCAAAGCUCCUGCUUCACCUCUACGGGCGGCUGAUCACGGCAUCAGGCGGGAACCUCCCGGACGGCGCCGACGCGACGGCCAUGGGGGGAAGAGCGGAGCAGCACGUGCUGCUGCUCGCUCUCAUCCUCGUCGUCUUUGUCUGCGGCGCCGUCUGUGCUCUCAGCUGCCGCACCAUGAAGGGCCCCGGGCUCGGCGGGGCGCGCGUCCCCCGCGCGAUGUUCGAGGCCAGCCCGAGGCGCUACUAUUCUACCGUUCGUGCAGGGCGUAGGGCGCGGCGCGACGCGUCCGGCGCCGGAUGGACGUUGCUCGUGGCGGCGGCCGUUGCUUAUGGGGCCUACGCCUACCUAGCAGGCAAGACGCUCUACUGACGGAGAUCGAUGCCGCAUUGCCUCCACUGAUUGAUCGGGGCGUGAGGUUUUGUAGCACGGGUUGAGAAUGGUGAGUUUGUUGCCGCAACAGCAGGUAAACUGAGACACCUACGCUCGGCUCUCCAAGCUGAAACCGAGGCAUGUCCGGCAGCAGUCGAGGGAGCUGCUGCACUCGGUUUUCAUGUGGUGGUGUUUGAAUCUGAUUUGCAAAUCCUGGUAUCUGCACUCAAUUCAAGCAGGCGCGAGCUAUCUGAGAUUGAUAUCCUAGUGCGUGAACCAAGGAGUAUGUGUUUUUCCCCUCUUUUGAAUCCUUUAGCUUGCAUUGUCGUCGAUUUUGUAAUAAGGUUGCUCAUGCUAUGGCAAAGUAUGGGUCGCAGACUGUGGAGGAGUCUGUCGGUUGGGCUGAAUUUGCGCCAAAUUUUGUAUCUGAUUUAACUGCAAGCGAUGUUGCUGUGCAAUCUGGGUAAUGAAAGUUCUUUUUCUGCGUAA